GGGUAUAACCGGGUUACCUCAUCAAACUUUAAAGGAAGCAGUACUUCUACGUCGGAGAGACUCCGUGCUUUCCUAUCCGCGUUACGCUUCUCUCUUCUGAAAGUGCUCUCUUCACAGCUCAUCACAACAAUAUUAUCGUGAGUGUUCUGAAAACUGCUCUUUUCGAGAUUUCUGUCAACGUUUCUCGGUCUCUCUUUUCUGGGCGUUCUCAUGCGUGGCUUUGCAGCAUAUCAACGAAGUAGCGGCCGUCGGUGCUCCGUCCGCGGAGGUGCUGCUGCUCUCGUGCCCCUCCUUAGCUCCUCUCGGUGGUUUGUCUGUCCACCGUCCUUGUCGUUCGCAGCGCCUCGGCCCACCACGUCUGCGGUACUUCGCGCACCACGACAAACACCUUCUAGCUGUUGGCGUCUUGCCUCGCUCUCUGCGCAGCGCACUCGGGCCACCACUCCUCUCUCCCUCUGUGCUCGCUGGGCAUCCAACUCCGCCCGCAGCGGGGGCAAGGAUAUCGACAUCGUGGACCAAGAAAAGCCAAUCCACAUCCGUGUGGCGGAGCAGAAGGACAGUCAGAUUUACACCUACAACGAGUACGUCGAGAAGCAUGAGAUGGAAGAGCGGGCGGGGCGUACGAUAAGCGAGGCCGUCGAUGAGAUGCGCGACAACCCGGCGUGGAUGCUGUGGGCGCUGGGCUUUCUCACGUUGGGGGUGAUGACAGUGGUCGUGUCGAUCCGCGUGCGUCGCGAGCAGAUGCGCUUUGACCCCAAGCUGCGCGCUGUGAAAUCCUUCGAUAGCCCCGAGGGCCCCAGCAUUGGCGGUCCGUUUAAUCUAAUGGACGUGAAGACGGGCAAGCGUGUGACGGACGAGGACUUGAAGGGCAAAUGGCUUUACAUUUACUUUGGCUUCACGAACUGCCCCGAUGUGUGCCCGGAGGAGAUGGCGAAGAUGGUGCGUGUGAUUAACCACUUGGAUAAGAAGGUUGGCAAGGAUUAUUGGCAGCCGAUCUUUGUCUCAUUGGACCCUCGCCGCGACACGCCGGAGAAGAUCCGCGAGUACCUCAGUGACUUCUCGCCGCGCAUUAUGGGACUGGUCGGCACCCAGGAGGAGGUGGAGGAGGCCGCGCGGCAGUACCGUGUGUACUUUGCCGUCCCAGAUGAAGAAGCGAUGUCGGAGGACGACUAUCUGGUGGAUCACUCCAUUAUUAUGUAUCUGAUGGACCCUGCCGGCAAGUUCAGCGACUACACCACGAAGGAGUUUCAGUGGUUUGAAAGCUACAGCAAGCUGCUCCGACGCAUGAUGGACUACGAGCGAAAUAAGGCGACAGAGGAGCAGCAGCGUGCCCUGCGCGGGGAAAAGGUCGUUGAGGAGGGCGAGACGCCUGCAAACUUGCAGAUCGCGAAUGUGGCCUCGAUGAUGGACAACGCGGAAGCGCAGGCGGCCCAAGAGGCGGCUCUGACGAACCAGCCGAAGGGACUGUCCUCUCUCCGCAACGGAGGAGAAGAUGAUCGAGGAAGAGAGGAGAAAACUGCAUGA